AUGGUUCUGACGACAUCGUAUGCUGCACCCGUCGUCCCAACGUGGCUGGAAGCAUAUGUCAUGUUGGACCUCUUUUCGGAAGACAAACUGGUCGGGAGGCUCAAAGUUGCAGUGAAGCAGGCUUUGAGCUUAGCAGGUGGCACCGGCAACCUGACUCAGGUCCUCGGAGAAGACCUCGCACAAACGAACCUAACAGGCAGCGGCGAGGACACUGCCCCACCUAACGCGCUAGUCGGUAAUGUAACAGACAGCAAUGUAGCACCACUUGGGUUCUCCCACCUCUUGGUUUCAAUCAUACUUCCACCCUCACGAAGUCGUGCCGUCAGCUUUGAAAGCAUUGCUGGUGCCGCCAAAGUAGACAUCAACGACGUCUUUCUCACUUUCCAUAACGCCCUUCUCCAUGUCGCCCGAUUCCCUGCCGAAAGCCAGAUGCAGUCGUUUUCGAAUUGCCCCGUUCUUACUACUCUCUCCCUCGCUGCAUUCAAAGAUGAUCCCAUUGUUGGGUUCUAUGCAAAAAAUGUUCCGCCAGACAUCAUGCAUGCAUAUCAAUGCCAACAGUACCAGCGGAGGUUACAGACGAGCUCCCUCAAUGGGCUCAAAGUCUUCAAGGUCGUCGACGAUGAAACGAGAGAAAUAGUCGCUGUCGCGAGGUGGCAAAUUCCUUAUAGUCUGAGCGUAGAGCAACAAGCGGAAAAGGAGAAAUUGCAAGAAGCGAAGCUAGCAAGGCCCGAGGGAUACAACAAGGAGCUUGAGGAAGCGUUCUCUGCAGCUCUCAAUAAGCUUCAAGAGAAGUGGGUUGAUGAUAGCAAGGACUAUGUCCUUCUAGGUCUUGCAGUUUCGCCCAGCCAUCAGCGGCUCGGCCUCGGCUCUCUGCUUAUCCGCGGAGGCCUUGCGAUGGCGGAUGAAGUGGGCGCCAGAGUAUACCUUGAGUCCUCGGCAGUAGGGAUGCCGCUGUAUCUCAAACAUGGGUUCAAGCAGGUUGAUGACAUUUUGAUUGAUAUGAGACCCUAUGGUGGGACUGGAAUUGCGUCUGAGAAGUGUAUGAUGAGGGAACCAGGCGGAAAAUGA